CGGACAAGGUUCCCGGUGGCUGUCAACGCCGUUGUCGCGUACGAUCGUAGCCGGCACUCGAACAACGACCCAGUGAAACAUCGCGUAAACGACGAUGUGACCGUACGGAUCGUUUCGCAUCGCGUUAUUCAAAACUUAUCCAUCCGUGUUUCUCACGCGAAACGUGAUCGUUCGGUGACAGGCAACGUUCACAAGGUUCGCAACAACUUGUUCGUCGAUGUGAUACAAAGUGUUGUAUACACACGCUGGAGGAAUGCUUACUAUCAGCUUAUGGAUUAACGUGAUCGAUGGUGAUCGAUGUACCUGUACAGUGAGUUCGACGGUGAAACAGUGCGAUAGCAUCGAUUGAUCCUAUCGAUAAACGAACGGUGAUCGACGCCUAGCUGCAGCAAUUAAGCAUAUCUCUCGGUUACUCGGUGACACGUGGUUCUACGGACAAAGUGACACGUGACUGGAUCGCGUAUUCGAAGUAAAAUAAAUAAUUUUAAAAAUUAUUCUCUAAUCGCGACUCGAAAGUGAAGGAAAAAGGUGUAUCUUGUAAUGAAGUGACAUUGGAAGUGUUACGAAGGAUCCAACGAUCGAUGGCACCCAUGGUAUGUAUUAAUCUUCCAGUGACUGCGGUGGUAUGGGAUUAAUGUACGAGAGUCUGAUCGAAGUGACACCGGAAGUGUUCGAGAGAAUGCGAAGAAGUGGAAACAGAAGGGAUAAUCCGUGGUGUAGCACCGUAGGCCGAUAGCCAGUCAGAAGGACACUCGUAGCGGAUAAUUAAUCCGGCUACUAAUUAGUCGCGGAGCAGUCUAAAGAGGCAAAUACGCGCGGGAAGCGUCGCUGAUUAAAACUCACCGGCGGAUGACCCGGAAGGAUCCGGAUGAAAGACCGGGCUAAUGAGACCGGGGAGACGCCUCGAAAGCUUGUAAGAAAGCGAUACUGAAGCAAGUCCGAGGAUCAUCUACGAGGAUAUUUAAAAAUUAUUCUUAAACAUGACACUAUCGUCCUAUCGAAAUAACCCUGUUGCUUCGAGGGGAUAAAAAUUCAAAUUUCCACAAUAUUUCUUUAAAUGAAUAAAUCAAAAAGGGUUGGGUUAUAAGACGACUUGUCUUUGUGCCUCUGAUUAGUGGUUAAUUAGUAAUUAACACCCGUCGACAAGGAUAUCGACAUUUUUCAAAUUGGAGGAUACACCCAGUUCGAAUUUCAAAGAAACAACACCUACCUGGACUAAGGAUCCAAAGGAUUCGUCAGGGUCCUCGGUGCACAGGACCCUAUAUCGUGUCUAAGGUGCAAAUUACACUACACAGUGGACUUUUUACCGGAUUGGUCCACGCGCAGACGGUUGUCAAAUGUCGAGAGCACGAUGAAGCACUCGAGGCAACGACCGAGUGGCUCGAGUGCCACUUCGAUCGGUGAUUCGUGGAAAUCCAGGUGUGGAAAGUGUCCCAGGAAAAUGGGGCUCCUUUUGUCGCUACUGAUGCUCUGCUCUCUGCUACGUACAGGAAGGAGUCUGCAACUGGUUCGACUGGACGUACCUAGUAUAACGGAUCCCAGGUGGGACAAAGUGGCCCUGAGGUGCGAAUACGACUUGGGUGGCGAGGAUUUGUACUCGGUGAAAUGGUACAAGGAUGGAGCGGAGUUCUUUAGGUUUAUGCCCGGUUCGAAACCUGCCGGACGCGAUUUCCCCGUCGAUGGCGUCUACGUAGACGUGAACAAAAGCGACAGCAAACAGGUGACGCUUCUGGGACAGGUGAACAGUCGCAGAGGUAAGGUGAGUCUCGCGGGAUCUUAUGGCUGCGAGGUAUCCUCAGAGGGGCCGAGUUUCCUGACGAUCUACGGCGAGGCUAACAUGAGCGUCGCCAUCCCUCCGAAGGAGCCACCCACCCUUCAUGGUCUUCGACCGUCUUACGAGGCCGGCGAGACCUUGUACACCGAGUGCACCUCGGCGCCGAGUUACCCUCCGGCGCUCCUUGCUUUCAUCCUCAACGGGAAAGAGGUGAACAAAGCGUUGACCAAAGAACUGCCAAGCGGAUCGGCCACGGAGGACAGCAUCGUGUCGUCGACGCGUCUGCGUCUGACGUUACGCUUAGAACGACAUCAUUUCCCCGGCGGAACUUUAACUUUGACCUGUCAGUCCACCCUGCCAGGAGUCGUUGGCACCAGAGCUUUAGAGAGGAUGGAGACCGCGACUUUGGCCGCCAACAAUCAGCGACUCGCUCAAGAACCACCAAGAUCUACAUCAAGCUUCAACCAACCCCUCCUGUCGAGCAUAGUUUGCUGCGUUCUAACGAUGAUCCGUGGUAAUUUAGCACCUCUGCAUGUUUAAUAUUUACCAAACGUAAGGACACGCUCCAAGUCGUCAUCGAAACUCGCUCAAAAGUCGAACAGAAAGAUUUCGCUCAAGUUUCUCAAUUAUUUUCACCCCGGGAUACGAUCGUUGGCGUAACUAGGAAGGCUUCUAACGCGAAGCGUUUCGAUUUCAAAAUUAGACGAUUAGAAACAGCUAUGGGUAAACUAAUUAGGGACCUCGGUCCAGCUUAGAGGAAAAUUCUAGUUACGUCAAUGGGCACGAUAUGCUUCUUAGAAAGAAAACUAAGGUAACCACUUCGAGUUGAAAUGUUUGCAAUUCUAAACGUUAAGCUCUAAGCGAAUUUUCGUUCUCCGGUGUCGCGAAAUUUCGUUAAGAAACAUUCUCGAAAAGCGACUACUCGGUGCCGACAACGCGUUAAUUGCUCGCGAGAAUUUCGUACGGGGGAUUAAUUGUUGCGCACACGUAUGUAAUAUUCAUAAACACUCACACCAGGGGGACACACGUAUGUAUGUAUGUAUAUGUAUACACGCGAACAGGACGGCGACUGGGAUUAUCAACGAGCGAGUGAACAAAGAAGAAACACUAUAGCAAUAUAUAAUUUCAUUGAAAAUCGUGUUGUUAACGCGACGUUGUACAUAGUGUAUGAUUGUGAGGUAGAUUAACGAGACGGUGUCGUGUGUAAUUAAGGGUGGAAGGAGAGCGACAAACACGGUGAAAGUAAACGGGGGAAAUUCGUUAGAAACCGAUGGGAGUUUACAAUCACGGCCGACGUACGGCCGAUUGUUUUACGCGAUAUGCACGUUAUUCACGAAAAUUCUGUCGAGCCUGAGAGACACGAUGGGUACACCAAACGAACGUGAACUAACGUGAACUCGAAUCGAAACGGAUUCCGGCUUUACGUGGUUCGCGAAUCAACGUACUAAUUGUAUUCUCCUCUCGGCGGGAAUCCUUUUUUUUUUUUUUUGGUGGCGUACAAGAAUUUAUAUACAUAUAUAAAUAAAUAUAUAUAUAUACAUAUACGUAUAUGUAUACACGAGGAAUAUCGUCGUAUUUACGUUUUACUGUAAUUUUACAUGAUCCAUAUCUGAUCGUUAUGACACAUUUCAAACAAU